GGACGGCACUGAGGGGCGAGCGCACGGUGUGGGUGGUGGCGGUCGCUGGGGCUCGGUUCGUGCCCCGCYUAGAACUGGGCGACAGAAGCGGAGCCCCGGGCCCAGGGCCUGAACUCCGGGAGCAGUGAGGAGAGCGGCUGCUGCCCUGGUCGGUGCUCGUUCCCCGGCAUCGGUGCGCCGCCAGCUGCGUCCCGGGAGACGGCACGCUGAAAACACCCCGCAGUCGAACGAUAAACAUGAAGAAAUUAAAGCUUAAAGAACUGGAAAGCUGUCUUCAACAAGUUGAUACUUUUGAAAGUCCAAAACUACUCCUUGAACAGUAUCCAACAAGACCUCAUAUUGCAGCAUGUAUGCUUUAUACAAUUCACAGUACUUUUGAUGAUAUUGAAAACAAAACAAUUGCAGACUUAGGAUGUGGUUGUGGUAUGCUCAGCAUUGGAAGUGCAAUGUUAGGAGCAGGAUUCUGUGUCGGGCUUGACAUAGAUGCAGAUGCACUGGRAAUAUUUAAUAGCAAUAUUGAAGACUUUGAGCUCAUAAAUGUCGACAUGGUUCAGUGUGAUAUCUGUUCUUUAUCUGACAGCAUGUCAGAUACUUUUGAUACAGUGAUUAUGAACCCUCCGUUUGGUACCAAGCAUAAUAAAGGAAUUGAUAUGAUUUUUCUGAAAACGGCUCUACAAAUGGCAAAAACAGCUGUAUAUUCCCUUCAUAAAACUUCAACACGAAAGCACAUUCAGAAGAAAGCAGAUGAAUGGGAAGUGAAGAUGGAAGUCUUAGCAGAACUUAGAUUUGAUUUACCAGCAUCAUAYAAGUUCCAUAAGAAGAAAUCAGUUGACAUUGAAGUGGAUUUCAUUAGAUUUUCUGCCAAGAAAGUCCUGAASUGAGGCAUGUCUUU